AGAGCGGGCGGCGGCGGUGGUAGUUGCGGUGGUACGGCGUGUCGCUGGGCGGCCCUGAUCGCGCGCCACGAUGCCGGCGGUGUCGAAGGGCGAUGGGAUGCGAGGCCUGGCCGUCUUCAUCUCCGAUAUCCGGAACUGCUUUCCAUUGUGUAAGCAGUGAAGGAGCUGAUGGAACAACCAUCUCUGUUCAGUUUGGAUGACAAACCACACAUGCUUGCAGUGUCUACAAGAGUAGCAAAGAUGUAACUCAUCUGUGAAACAAAUAAAGUGUUAACCCUUUAUCUUUAAAGGCAAAAGUAAAGAAGCGGAGAUAAAGAGAAUAAAUAAAGAACUGGCAAACAUCCGGUCAAAAUUUAAAGGUGACAAGGCUCUGGAUGGUUACAGUAAGAAAAAAUAUGUCUGCAAGCUGCUUUUCAUCUUUCUCCUGGGGCAUGACAUUGACUUUGGUCACAUGGAAGCUGUAAACCUGCUCAGUUCCAACAGAUACACAGAAAAACAAAUUGGCUAUCUCUUCAUCUCCGUACUAGUGAACUCUAACAGCGAGCUGAUCCGCUUGAUAAACAAUGCCAUCAAGAAUGACCUGGCCAGCCGCAACCCCACCUUCAUGGGUCUAGCUCUGCAUUGUAUCGCUAACGUGGGUAGCAGGGAGAUGGCAGAAGCGUUUGCUGGAGAAAUUCCAAAAAUACUUGUAGCUGGAGAUACUAUGGAUAGUGUGAAGCAGAGUGCUGCCUUAUGCUUGCUGCGUUUGUAUAGGACUUCUCCUGACCUUGUCCCCAUGGGAGACUGGACGUCCAGAGUGGUACAUCUCCUCAACGACCAGCACUUGGGUGUGGUUACUGCUGCUACAAGUCUGAUCACAACUUUGGCACAGAAGAACCCAGAAGAGUUCAAAACUUCGGUCUCUUUGGCAGUGUCGAGACUAAGCAGAAUUGUAACUUCUGCAUCAACAGAUCUUCAGGACUAUACGUACUAUUUUGUUCCUGCUCCUUGGUUAUCUGUGAAACUUCUGAGGCUCUUACAGUGCUAUCCACCUCCAGAAGACCCUGCGGUACGUGGUCGUCUCACAGAAUGCCUAGAAACUAUUCUUAACAAAGCACAGGAGCCACCAAAGUCAAAGAAAGUACAACACUCAAAUGCGAAGAAUGCUGUGCUGUUUGAGGCGAUCAGUUUAAUUAUACAUCACGACAGUGAGCCAAAUCUACUAGUCCGUGCCUGUAACCAGCUAGGUCAGUUCUUGCAGCACCGAGAAACUAAUUUGCGUUACCUAGCACUGGAAAGCAUGUGCACGCUUGCCAGCUCUGAAUUCUCACAUGAGGCUGUGAAAACACACAUAGAAACUGUUAUCAAUGCACUAAAGACUGAAAGAGAUGUGAGCGUACGGCAAAGAGCUGUAGAUCUCCUGUAUGCAAUGUGUGACCGAAGCAACGCCCAGCAGAUUGUGGCUGAAAUGCUGAAUUACUUGGAGACUGCUGAUUAUUCCAUUAGGGAAGAAAUUGUUCUGAAAGUUGCAAUUCUAGCAGAGAAGUAUGCAGUGGAUUAUACCUGGUAUGUGGACACAAUCCUGAAUCUGAUUCGUAUUGCCGGUGACUACGUCAGUGAAGAAGUAUGGUACCGAGUCAUUCAGAUCGUUAUCAACAGGGAUGAUGUUCAAGGGUACGCUGCAAAGACUGUUUUUGAGGCCCUUCAAGCGCCAGCAUGCCAUGAGAACCUUGUAAAAGUAGGUGGCUACAUCUUGGGAGAAUUUGGAAAUCUGAUAGCAGGUGAUCCAAGAUCAAGUCCGCUCAUCCAGUUCAACUUGCUACAUUCCAAGUUUCAUCUGUGUAGUGUUCCUACCCGAGCUCUGCUUCUGUCUACCUACAUCAAGUUUGUGAACCUGUUUCCAGAAAUCAAAACUACAAUUCAAGAUGUAUUGCGCAGUGACAGUCAGCUAAAGAAUGCUGAUGUUGAGCUGCAGCAGAGAGCUGUUGAGUAUUUGAGGCUCAGUACUAUUGCCAGUACUGAUAUAUUGGCUACAGUGCUAGAAGAAAUGCCUCCCUUUCCAGAGAGGGAAUCUUCUAUUUUGGCUAAACUGAAGAAGAAGAAAGGCCCAGGCACAGUUACUGACCUGGAAGAGAUCAAAAAGGAGAGGAGCUCUGAUAUGAAUGGAAGUGCUGAACCUGCAUCUGUCAAUGCCAGUGCUGUUUCUACUCCUUCUCCAUCUGCGGAUCUGCUGGGUCUGGGUGCAGCCCCUCUCACCAAUUCAGCUCCCCCACCUUCCUCUAGUGGUAGCCUGCUGGUGGAUGUAUUUUCAGAUUCAGCUUCUGCUGUUGCACCUCUUGCUCCUGGUUCUGAUGACAACUUUGCAAGGUUUGUGUGUAAAAAUAAUGGAGUCCUCUUUGAAAAUCAGUUGCUACAAAUUGGAUUGAAAUCUGAAUUUCGACAGAACCUGGGACGUAUGUUCAUUUUCUAUGGUAAUAAGACAUCGACGCAGUUCUUGAAUUUUACUCCAACAGUAAUCUGCUCAGAUGACCUUCAACCAAGCCUGAAUCUUCAGACAAAACCUGUUGACCCCACAGUGGAUGGAGGUGCACAGGUUCAACAGGUUGUGAACAUUGAAUGUGUGUCAGACUUCAUGGAAGCUCCCAUUCUGAACAUUCAAUUCAGGUACGGUGGAACAUUCCAGAAUCUUUCAGUAAAAUUGCCCAUCACACUGAAUAAAUUUUUCCAGCCAACAGAGAUGUCUUCUCAAGACUUUUUCCAGCGUUGGAAGCAACUGAGCAAUCCUAAACAAGAAGUACAGAACAUCUUUAAAGCAAAACACCCGAUGGAUGCAGAGAUCACAAAAGCAAAGAUAAUUGGCUUUGGAUCGGCCCUACUUGAGGAAGUUGAUCCCAAUCCUGCUAACUUUGUUGGUGCUGGUAUCAUACACACAAAGACUACUCAGAUUGGAUGCUUGCUGCGCCUUGAACCCAACCUCCAGGCACAGAUGUAUAGACUCACACUACGAACAAGUAAAGAAGCUGUAUCUCAGAGAUUAUGUGAAUUGCUGUCAGAACAGUUUUAAUACUAACCAUGACAGUUUUUUGUUUUUCCAUUUAUAUCAUUGUCAUCAUACUGCAAAUAAAUGUCUUGUACAUCACUGUCUGAGUACUGCAAUGUUAACCAAUACCAGCUCCCUGCCUUAAUAGGACUUGCCCCUUGUUUGAAAUUGUGAGUGUGAAAUGUACAGUACAGGGAAGUGACUUUUUACAUUAAAAUGGCUUUUAGUAUGUUACACAAAGCGUGGGAAGGCUGUCUUUGUGUUUCUUUUAUUGCAGAGGUCCCACUUUUAAACUUGUUAAAGGGAAAUUGAUUUCAGUGUAGUAACCAGAGGUUUCAACUGGAAAUGGCUAGUGUCAUUCUGCCUUAGUGCCUUUAACAGGUACUCCCUCUGCUCUGAGCUGAAAAAAAAAAAAGCAAUGUGUUGAUGCUCAGUAGGGUCAGUUCAGAUGUUAAUAUAUCGUCAGUGUAACGUUGAACAUUGCUUCAGGUGUUGUACUGGAUGGGAAGGGCAGACUCCAAGGUGUGUUUGAACCUGAUUUACAUGAGUGCUUAUGUUGACUGUCACCAAUUUUUGUUCUUUUGAGAUAUGCCACAGAUCCAGAGUCAUAAAAUAUUAAAUCUUUUUCUCCUUUACAUCUUAACUGUUUUUUGAUCUUUGGGAAGUGUAUUGAGCACAAACGCUAUUCUUAAUCCUUCUGCUUAUCUCAAAUAAUGAGGUGAGCUUCUCUGGUAGGUAGUGAAUGAGCACGUGUUUGUUUAGUCAAAUUUAAAUAUUCUGUUUGUUUUUUUUCUGCUACCCUUUAAAUUUAGCAAGUAGCAGUCCCGAUGACAUAACUAACUGCAGAGAGUAUGGGUUCUCAUCAGUGUGGUAUUGUAUAAAAGGAGAAGAGGGGAAAAAGUGGGCACUUGAAGGCUAAGGCAUGCACUUUGUAGACAAAUAUUUAAUUUUAAACUAUUUUCCCCCUGAUGUACAAUGCUAAAACUUGAGGGGCUGAACAACUGGUAUCUGUACAGUUUGCUGUCUGUUACUGGUGGUAAAAAUAUCCAACACGGUGUGGAAGACUUGUGUUGAGACCGGGAGUAGAAAGGCUGAGAGUGUUCAGCUUAUACAGGGGCUUUUGCAACCAAAACCAUUAUAGCCUGUUCCACGUGAGCAAACUCUCUGCACAAAGUGGGCAUAAGUUUGGCUCACAUCGUUCAAGUCUUGAAAUGCACCAAAGGCUGUUAAAACAAAGCAGGUGAGGUAGCAGUUAGGAACUGCGGGCAGUUGUCAGUGAGCAGUACUAGAGGUCAGGAUGAACCAAGAGGUCAGCUGCUGCUGAUGCGAAGAGCGCACCUCAGACCAACAUUCCCUUACUUAAAGGAAGCCUAGGACUGUUGUGUCACAACACGUACAGCCAAGUAUGCCCUUGAAAUAAAGGCUUUGAGUAAUAGGGAUGGCGAUGAAAAUGAGAAUACUGCUUUGCACACAGGAGGGGAAAGGAUUCUACUGGGUUGAUUAUGGUUUGCUUUCUAUCAGUGCUUUGAGUUAAAAGAUGGAACUAGGCGAUGACAGUUCGGUUUGGUUGAAGCCUUACGAUUGUACUUGAGUACCAGAGAACUGAGGAGCAAAGGUUCCGGUGUGGUGUGUGUGAUUGUUGUUUUGUGGUUUCUUUUUCCAGAAGUGGUUGGUAAAUAUGGAAUUUAUUGGCUGUAAGUUGUCCAUAGACCUUGUCUUUCUGAAAAAGUUCUCUUGAACAACUGACCCUUUCAUGGCCUCUCGAGCAUCUAAUCAAGGCUCUCUGAUCGCAGAUAUUAUCUUUUGAAAAAUCUUCAUAACCAUUUCCUGCAGUCAAGUUGGUAGUUGGCAGAGUGCUACCAAGCUACCUUGUAUUUGUCCUUUGGAGGCUGUGUGAUCUUUAUUAAUCCUGUUAUCUUAACCAUGUUGUUGGCUGCUGUGUUAAAAAUCCGAUGUGCUGAACUAAGGGAGUCUUAGCAGAGACAGGGAGGAGCUUCUUUCAUUUUUUUUCCCAAUCCCUAUUGUACAUCUGUUUCUCUGAAUAUGUUCUGUGCCCUUGUUAAAGGACAUCUCGAGACACGCUGUACUAUACUACUUCACUUAGCUUUGGUUCCAGCUGUGCUAAAAAUGUGCAUUAAAAAUAUGGGUAGGAGGGGGGAAAGGGAAAGCGUCUUUUCAGUGGUGACUGUAUUAAGCUUAUGAUUGUUCACGUUUUGUAUUAGAUGUCAGCUCAGUGAAGCCAUGAGCAGAACAGUGAACAAAUUAAGGAUAAAUACUUGAUUUUUUUCUUUUUUUUUUGUGAAUGAUGGUUAACUUACCAAAGUGAUGUAUCCUUUCAAGCAGACAAAGUAAUUUCUGCAGUAAACAGUGUUAUUGUUUUCAAGUACAGUAUUUUCAGGCAUUGAUGUGUGAAAAUAACUGAAUAGCAAAACAGGUAGCAUUUGUUCAUUCUUGACCUACACUCCAGUAUGUAACAUUUAUGGUGAUUGUCUUAUUUGUAUAAAACAAAGUUCUGUCAAAUUAAGUGGAGAAUUUUCAUAUAGAAGACUAUAUAUUAGACUAUAUUCAUCAGAAGAACAUAUUAAGAUUAAAUAAAUGAUUAGAACAGUAA